UCUGCACAUGCGCAGGGCAAGGGCGGGCCUCCUUCCUUCUCGCCGAACGCCGCCGACAUGGUGUUCAGGCGCUUCGUGGAGGUCGGCCGUGUGGCCUACGUCUCCUUUGGGCCUCAUGCCGGGAAGCUGGUCGCGAUUGUAGAUGUCAUUGAUCAGAACAGGGCUUUGGUGGAUGGGCCCUGCACGCGGGUCAGAAGGCAGGCCAUGCCUUUCAAAUGCAUGCAGCUGACGGAUUUCAUCCUCAAGUUCCCACACAGUGCCCGCCAGAAGUAUGUCCGGAAGGCCUGGGAGAAGGCUGAUAUCAACGCAAAAUGGGCAGCCACGAGAUGGGCCAAGAAGAUUGAAGCCAGAGAAAGGAAAGCAAAGAUGACUGAUUUCGACCGCUUUAAAGUCAUGAAGGCAAAGAAGAUGAGAAACAGAAUAAUCAAGAAUGAAGUUAAGAAGCUUCAAAGGGCAGCUCUGCUAAAAGCUUCUCCUAAAAAAGCACCUGUUGCUAAGGGGGCUGUGGCGGCGGCGGCGGCUGCUAAGGCUCCAGCGAAGAAGGUGACCACUGCAGGCAAGAAGGCUGCGGCCCCAAAGGCCCCGGCCCAGAAGGCUGCGGCCCCGAAGGCGGCGGCGCCUGCUAAGGCCCAGAAGGGCCAAAAGGCGUCUGCUCCAAAGGCAUCGGGCAAGAAAGCGUGAGCUGUUGGAAAGUAAUAAAGCACCUCUUUGACAUGUUG